AUGAUACCACAGCAAGCACAACAUCCACCAACCUCCCGGCGCCACCCACUUGCGCCAGCCGAUACCAAUGCCCCGGCAGCCCCAGCAUCCCCACCACUCCCUCGUCAAAACAGCAAGACAACGCCACCUUCUCCCCCAAAGAUCAUUGCAGACAAGUCAGGUAGACAAAAGUACCAGAGGGUUGGCUUUCUCGGAGAAGGUGGCUUUGCCCGUGUCUACGAGAUAAUGGACAGCUCAACCAAACGGCUUGCCUGCAAAGUCGUCACUAUGAGUUCCCUCAAGACGAAGAAGGCCAAAACCAAGCUCUAUGCGGAAAUUAAAAUCCACCGUUCCCUUUCUCACCCCAACAUCGUCAAGUUCAUCGACUGUUUCGAGGGUGACGACAACGUCUACAUCACGCUCGAGUUAUGUACUUCUGGCUCACUCAUGGACCUUCUCCGUCGCCGCAAACGCUUCACCGAACCCGAGGCCCGCUUUUUCAUGGUGCAACUCAUUGGCGCAUGUCAGUAUAUGCACAACCAGUCGGUUAUCCACCGCGACCUUAAACUCGGCAAUCUUUUCCUCGAUGGUCACAUGAACGUCAAAGUUGGUGAUUUCGGUCUCGCGGCUCUGAUAGAGAGUCCUGGAGAGCGAAAGAAAACGAUUUGCGGCACGCCCAACUAUAUCGCCCCCGAGGUGCUUUUCGACACAGCGAGCGGCCAUAGCUUCGAGGUAGAUACCUGGAGCAUUGGUGUAAUACUUUACACCCUCGUCGUAGGACGUCCCCCAUUCCAAACCAAGGAUGUCAAAGCUAUCUAUCAGAAAAUUCGUAACAAUGACUACAGUUUUCCUGCGGAACCCCCUGCAAGCCCGUCGAUGCCUUCGCGUAAGCUUAUUGGCGACAUUCUCACUCAAGACCCUGCUCAGCGACCCACAUUACAAGCAAUUGUUUCCCAUCAAUGGUUCGCCAUGGGCCCCGUUCCUCCUUACAUCCCAACCAGUGCACACGACAGUCCCCCAGACUGGAGCCAUAUUACACGGGAACGCAGCGACUAUAAUUUUACCAAGCUCAAACGUCAGGUUGGGUUGGAUGGUCACGAGGAAGUCGUUGCCCAGAGCAAUGUUGACACCAAGAAUACUGCGGCGACCGUGGCGCGUCAAGAGUAUGAAUUCCAGAAGGCAGUUCAACCAGGCUCUCCCAUUUCAGCGCUAUUGAGCUCGGCUAGACAGCCGCUCGUUAGAGGAGUUGGUGGAAGUCCGUUGGGUCAAUCUCAAGGCCGUCCGCCAAUUCCGGGUUAUUCCAAUCCUCCUGCGCAGAAGGAAGGCGGGCUGUAUCGCAAACUCCAAGCAGCCAACGUCAAGUCGCCUUUGCGCAAUUCUACGGCCGCUCAUCGUGCAUUGGAUAACAUUGUCGAGGAAGAUGGUGGUCAGAACAAGCCUGUCAAGGAUCGACGCAAAGCUAAGAACGAGACUGAACUCGAGAGCCAGAAAGCGCGGAUUGUCGUCCAGAUGGCGCCGACGGAGGAGAAGGUCGAGCAUCGCGCCAAGGUCGAAGAACGCGUCAAGGUCCAGGAUCGCGUCAAGCCAGUUGACACCCUCAAAUCCACGUAUAACCGCGUUCCUUUGAAAGAGCAACAAGAGAACCUCCCGCCUAUUGGUGCUUUGCGCAAACCGAAACCUUUAAUCAAAGAGGUCCCAGUUGCCAAAAUGCAGCCACAAUCCCCCUUCCUCGCCACCUACGAAACGUUGAACAAUGCUUUCAUAGCCUAUUCUCGGGGUCAAUUACCAGCCGCCCCUGAACAUCAAUUGCGAGAUGAACGCGUGUUCAUCGUAUCCUGGGUCGAUUACUGCAACAAGUAUGGCAUGGGCUACGCCUUGACUGACCGAAGCGUCGGCGUUUAUUUCAACGACAGCACCACGUUGGUGUUGAGCGCGGACAAAGUUCAUUUUGAAUACCUCACUCCGACUUCGAGCUCUGCAAAUGCUUCUCCUUUGGCUGCUCCCAGCUCCCGCAGCGAAUCCUACACUGUCGACCAUUACCCUGCGGAGCUCGAGUCCAAGGUAUAUCUGCUCAAACACUUUGAGCGGUAUAUCAUGGACCGGCUCUACGCGGACUACAACUAUACUUAUGAAGACACGGAGCGCACAAAGGGAAUGGACUGGGUCGUCAAAUACCUCCGCAUGAAGCAUGUCAUGGUUUUCCUGAUGAGCCAUGGCGCACUGCAGUACAACUUCUUUGAUCAUUCCAAGGUGAUCAUCUCGUCGAAUGGCCACGCUAUCACGCAUAUCGACAAGUACUACAACGUCACCAAGUGGUCGCUUCGUCAGCUGCUCAGAGCUGCGUUGACAGGGAUGGCGGGAGUCGACAAAGAGGAGGCGAAACUAAUCAAUAGACUGGUUAGCCAACUGAAGUACUGCAAAGAGGUACUGUUAAGCAUUCAGGUUGCUGGGGCAAAGGUGCAGGACGCUGGAAUGCAGGGGGUAGAAGAUGUGGCCGACUUCCAAGCGGACCUGAUGCGCAAAGCUUCAAAGGGAGGUCUGCGUGUCUAA